AUGGCAUCUUCGUCACCGGUAGCAGUUCUUCUCAUUGCUAGUUUUACUAUUUAUAUCUUACUCGGUGCGUCUUCUUCAUAUGCUGCGAUUACGUGCAACGACGUGGUCAAAGAUCUGAAACCAUGUAUUAACUACCUAAAAAGUGGCAGUGGAUUGCCCCCGGCCGACUGCUGUGCCGGAGCAUCAAAUCUUGCAUCCAGUGCUACAUCCACUGCUGACAAGCAGACCGCAUGUAACUGCCUUAAGAAUACUGCAAAGAGCAUAAAUAUUAAGGUUGAACUUGCAAAAUCUCUUCCAGGGAAUUGUGGCAUCUCCUUGCCUUAUCCCAUCUCUCCAAGUGUUGAUUGCACCAAGAUUACUUAA